UACUACUAUUACAUGUUAUUGGCACAUUAUGAGGGCGGCAUUGAUCAUUAGAAGUUUGCAGCUUCUGCUCCUUGCCAGAGGAUCAUUAUGCUCCGAUGAACUCGCCACAGCUCUGUCACCUGUCUCCACAACAAGCGGGCUCGUCGUUGGACAUAUCGCCCCUAACAAGACAGGAGUAAUUGAGUUCUUGGGUGUUCCAUUCGCCGGCUCAACGAAUGGUUCUCAGAGAUGGCUUCCACCACAACGCUUCACCUCAAAUUUAACCUUCAAUGCAUCUACCUACGUAACGAGUUGCCCCGCUAACAUUGCUGGCACUGUGGCAUUCCCAAACAAGACGGCUCAAUUUGACCGUAUCUUCCUCGCUUUCACGACCCAAGGAGGAAACGUACAAUCGGAAGAUUGCUUAAGCUUGAAUCUGUGGGUUAAAGGGGAGCCAAAAACAGGCGACUUAAAGCCGGUAUUGGUGUUUCUUCCAGGUGGGAGGUGGAACACUGGGGGAUCUAAAAGUCUCUUCUAUAAUGGCCAGUAUCUUGCUGAUGCCGAGGAUGUGAUUGUUGUUACCAUAAAUUAUCGUUUGAACAUCUUUGGUUUCCCUGGUGCACCUGGUAUUCAGCAGAAUGUCGGUCUUCUCGAUCAACGAAUGGCACUUGAAUGGCUCCGCGAUAACAUAGCGGCUUUCGGAGGUGAUUGCAAUCGCAUCACAGUCUUCGGUCAAUCUGCAGGAUCUGUAUCUGUGGGGUACCUGGCCUACUCAUAUCCAGACGAACCCAUUGUGGCGGGUUAUAUAAUGGAAUCAGGGACACCGCAUAGCUGGACACCAUUGAGUCCAACCUUAGCUGCUCAACAUUGGUACAAUGUCUCCUCCGCUCUAGGAUGCGGGACAACAGGCGAUGUGUUGAGCUGCAUGCAAUCUAAGAAUAUGUCAGCAGUGCUUGCUGCUUUCGCAAAGGUACCAUAUGAUCCUACUAAUGCACUCUAUCAACCUCAAUUUGAACCUGUUGAGGAUAAUAUCACCGUGUUUCACGACUACAGUGCCCUUGCAGCUGCUGGAAAUUUUGCCAAACUUCCCCUACUCAUCGGAAACAAUGAUUUCGAAUCUGGAUUCUACCAAAUCGCAGCGUUUGCAACCAAUAAAAGCUCCAACGCCACUCAACAAAAGCUCUUUAACCUUGAAGCAUUUACCUGUGCGACUGCCACCGAAGCUGCCGCUCGUGAUGCAAGCGGUGCCACAGUGUAUCGCUACAGAUAUUUCGGCGACUUCGAUAAUUUGCGACUUUUCCCAAACAGCUCAACAUAUCACGGUAGCGAGCUCGAAAUGAUCUUCGGCACAGCUGAAGAAGUUUCAGGCUUACCUAGUACCGCAGCAGAAAAUGCCGUCAGUGCAUAUUUCAUGAAGGCUUGGGCUGCUUUUGCGAGGGAUCCGCAAAAUGGUCUUAGUCAACUCGGCUGGCCAACGUAUGGAAAUUCGACAACUCCUACCCUUGUCCGGUUAGGAUACAAUGACGAUGAUACUCCUAGCUUUGUAGCGGCUAGCUCUUCAGAUGCAGAUUGUGCUGCUCUUGGUGGAGCUGUGGAUCUUGGUAAAGGCGCAAUGUAA